AUGGCAGCGAGGCUGCUGGCACAUACGCUGCUGAAGCGGCAGUCAGGAGAUCAGACGUUGGGAGGGACGGGAGUGUACGAUGAUGUGGAUGCCGACACAUUCAGCAACAACGACGAGUAUGAUGACCACAAUAGCUGGUGGUGGUCACCGACGGGCAUGGCAGUGCGCUACACCGUAAUAGUGCUCCUCUUCGGGGGCAUCAUCCUCUUCUUCCUCGGCGGCUACUACCACGCGCAACGCAGAAUCCGAAAAGGCCUCCCACCCAAACCCUACCACGCAUGGAUGGUCCGCCGCGCUUAUAGGCGGUCUCCGCAAUACAACCCAUACUAUCAGCAGCAACAGCCAUACCACUACCAACCGCAAGAAGGCUACCCAAUGCAAUCCUACCCACAAGCUUCAGGCGCAUACGGCGCGGCUCCGCCUCCCGCUUAUUACCCACAUACUGCACCUCCACCAGCGUAUCAGCCUCCCGAGGGCGCAAGCAAAGCCAUGGCGGAUCAGAAUAUCGGUAGGGCGGGCGUCUAUAGGGCUGCAGAGGGCGGACAGGCGAGUCGUCUUGAUCAGCCACUUCCGCCUCCUGGACAGAUGGGACCUCUGCCGCCUGUGCCCUCGACGGCACAUCAAUAG